AGUAUACAGGAGGUCACGUGAAGAAAUGGCCGCAAAAAAGUCUCAGAAAAAGAAUAUGUUUGAUUUCUCAGGGCCUACACAUCUCACCUCUGUAAAUUGGGCAAGUCCAAAUCAUCGGAGAACUGUUGCUGCCUGUUUGGUUCAGGGUGCAUACGCUCUAGAGUAUGAUCGACAGAACCAUCAAAACUGUGCACCAGCCUGGUGGAAGAAAUUCGAUUUUGAACUUAAAAAAAAGCUUAUCGAUCGUGCUGAUUCAUCUAUCUUUGGCGCCAUCUACGAAUUCAAACCCCGUAAAUAUAUUCAGAACUCAUCAUCAUCUGCUCCAAAAAUCGUUAUUGCAUUCCGAGGUACUCUCUUCAAGAAGGAGACUUUCUGGCAGGAUAUUAAGCUGGAUUUGGAUCAAUUUAUGAACGACCUUUCACGGGCACCCCGGUGUGAAGUUGCAGUGAGAGCCGUUGAAGAAAUGACUUCAAGUGGUGCAGGUCGGAACCUAUGGUUAGCUGGUCAUUCUCUCGGGUCGGCCAUUGCAAUGCACGCUGGGAAAAACAUGGCCAAGAGAGGUAUCAAUCUUGAAGCUUUUCUCUUCAAUCCACCAUACCCAUCAGGCACGGUUGAAUGGAUCCCAAACGAGAAGCUGAAACGAGGUAUCCAGAUCGCAAGCAGCGUUGUCGCAGCCACAGUCGCUUUCGCUAAGAAAGGCUGUGUCGAGAAUUCUCGAGAGCACUUUGCACAGAUAUCAUCUUGGAUUCCACAUCUUUUUGUGAAUUCAGAUGAUCAUUUCUGCUCAGGAUAUAUUGGAUAUUUUGAACAUCGGGAAAAUAUGAAGAAGAUGGGUGCAGGGAUCAUUGGGAAUUUGGCAACAAGGAAUUCUGUUAGAGCCAUAGCAUUGGGAACUCAGACUGAGCCCUUGCACCUCCUUCCGUCUGCAAAUUUACUGGUAAACUCUGUUGAUCGAAAUCUAACAGCAUGUCCUCUUAAACGCAUGCGACAUGCACAUGGUAUCUAUCAAUGGUGGAGCCAACAUCUGAGUUUGAAAUCCAAGGAGUGUCGUUACAGGCCCUCCUUUUCGUAGGAAGUGGACUGAAUUUUGUUUCAUCAGCAGCAGAAAGCAGUUGAGUUGUUAUUUACCUUGGUAGGUGAUGCAGGGGCAUAAAAUGAAACCAGCCAUGGAAGUCAAGGGAGCCAUCUAAUGUGUUGCUUAGACUUUCUUAGUAAGUUGUGUCUUGGAAAUGUGUUUCGACUUCCUCGUGACUAGUAACUUGCUUUGGGAAUAUGUCUAGUAUUUUAUUUUGGGUCUUGUUUGAGAAGCUUUAAUGAAAUUGUAUGCAAUGAGAUAAUGAAGGAGGUGGAGUUUCCUAUCCAAAAAGCAUUUUUCUCAACAAGUCUUCUUGCUUGGA